AUGGUGGCUCUCGACUACACCAAUGACGAGCAUCUCCGCCUAUUCAACAAGUGGCAAAACGACCCACGUGUCGCUGCGGGAUGGAACGAAACCGGUACCCUGGAUCAACACCGCGAAUAUCUCCGAAAGCUGCAUGAGGACCCCCACGUACUCACCAUGUUCGCGGCUUUCGACGACAUACUAUUUGCGUACUUUGAAGUUUAUUGGGCGAUGGAAGAUCACAUGGGUGCUCACUACCAGUCUUCGCCUUACGACCGUGGCAGGCACUCACUCGUCGGCGACGUGCGGUUCCGAGGGCCAUAUCGCGUGUCUGCGUGGUGGUCUGGUCUAAUGCACUACAUGUUCCUCGAUGAGCCGCGCACCUGGAACCUGGUCGGUGAACCCGCAGCAACGAGUAGCACGGUGCUAGCAUAUGACUUCGCCCACGGCUUCCACGUUGAGAAGCUUAUGGACCUUCCUCACAAGCGCAGUGCGCUGAUGAUGGUCAACCGGGAGAAGUUCUUCACGCUGAGUCCAUUUACUUGGGACGGCGAGAAGAAGGUUCGCCCAAGCCUGGAUGCAGGCGCGAAAGCGAAACUGUGA